AUGGAGGACUUGAAGACAGCAGAAGCAGUAUCUCCUCCAGAAGAUUCUACUGGGACCUCAAAUGUGAGUGACAAUGGUGAAAUUAUACGGUCUGAGUUGCAGCAACCUCAAGCAAUACCAACAAUACUCGAAAACAAUGAAGCCAUUCAACAAUCUCAAUGUGAAGAUUCAACAGAAAAUGGGAAAACUUAUCUGGAUGACACUUUUUUACCCUCCAGUUUAUCAAACUCUCAAGUUGAAGAAACACAAGAUUCCCAAACUACUCCUACUCCUGUUUCCCCCUCUGUUGAGUUUCUCCUGCCUCGCGUAAACACUAAGUAUGGAGCAGAGCGCACAACAAGAAAUGGAUUGUCUCCAAGAUCUAUGUCUUCCCCAAGAAGCAUUGGAUCUCCGAGAGCACUCCUGUCUCCGAGGUUUGCAGGAUCAUCAUCACCACUGAGCAAUGGAACACCCAGAAGCAUGGAUUCUUAUAGAGACUUGAUUGAUACAGCAUCACCUUUUGAAUCUGUUAAAGAAGCCGUCUCAAAAUUUGGGGGAAUUACUGAUUGGAAAGCACAUAGGAUGCAAGUAUUAGAGCGACGCAAGUUUGUGGAACAAGAGCUCUACAAGAUCCAGGACGAGAUUCCUGAAUACAAAAAGAAAUCAGAUAUGGUCGAGAUGUCAAAAAUGCUAGCGGUUGAGGAGCUAGAGAGCACAAAGAGACUCAUAGAAGAGUUGAAGCUUAAUCUUGAAAAAGCUGAAACAGAAGAAAAGCAAGCAAAGCAGGAUUCUGAGCUUGCGAAGAUGAGAGUUGAAGAGAUGGAACAAGGAAUUGCUGAUGAAGCUAGUGUUGCAGCUAAAGCACAGCUUGAAGUGGCUCAGGCAAGACAUACAUCAGCGAUUUCAGAAUUGGAAUCUGUCACGGAAGAGCUACAAAAUCUACAAAAGGAGUAUGAUGCUUUGGUAAAAGAAAAAGAGUUAGCUGUGAAGGAAGCCGAAGAAGCGGUUACUGCUUCUAAAGAAGUUGAGAGGAAAGUUGAAGAACUCACUAUUGAGUUGAUAGCUACAAAGGAGGCACUGGAAUGUUCGCAUUCUUCUCAUUUGGAGGCGGAAGAACUCAAGAUAGGAGCAGCCAUGUUGCGAGAUCAGGAGACUUAUCGGUGGGAGAAGGAACUAAAGCAAGCAGAAGAGGAACUCCAAAGACUUCAGCAGCAUAUAGUUUCUACGAAGGAACUAAAAGUGAAACUUGAAUUUGCUUCAGCCCUGCUGCUUGAUUUGAAGAAAGAAUUGGCAGAUCAUAUGGAAUCAUCCAAGUUGAAGGAGGACACAGGUUACUCGGUAGCAAACAAUGAGAUUUCAUUACAGGAAAAAAACAAAACAGAUAUACAAAAGGCUGUUGCUUCUGCAAAGAAGGAACUUGAAGAAGUGAAUGCAAAUGUAGAGAAAGCAAAUUCCGAAGUGAAUUGCUUAAAGGUAGCAUCAUCUUCCUUGAGGUUGGAAAUUGAGAAAGAGAAAUCAGCACUUGACUCAAUAAAACAAAGAGAAGGGAUGGCAUCAAUAACGGUUGCUUCUCUAGAAGCUGAGAUAGACCUAACGAGGUCCGAAAUAGCUUUGGCUGAGUCCAAGGAAAAAGAAGCCAGAGAAGAAAUGGUGGAGCUACCAAAGCAACUGCAACAAGCUAGUCAAGAGGCUGAUGAAGCGAAAUCAUUUGCUGAACUUGCUCGCGAAGAGCUGCGAAAGUCUCAAGAAGAAGCAGAACAAGCAAAGGCUGGAGCAAGUACAAUGGAGAGCAGAUUAUUUGCAGCGCAGAAAGAAAUUGAGGCUAUUAAAGCUUCAGAAAGGCUGGCAUUAGCUGCCAUCAAGGCCUUGCAAGAGAGUGAAUCUAGUUCAAAGGACAAUUCUGUUGAUUCUCCGAGAACAGUAACACUGACAAUAGAGGAGUACUAUGAGCUUAGCAAGCGUGCUCAUGAGGCUGAAGAAGAAGCCAACGCAAGAGUUGCAGCAGCGGUUUCUAAGGUCGAGGAAGCAAAAGAAACAGAAAAGAGGAGUGUAGAGAAGUUGGAAGAAGUAAACAAAGAGAUGACCGAAAGUAAGGAAACACUAGCAGGAGCAAUGGAGAAGGCUGAGAAGGCUAAAGAAGGGAAGUUGGGUGCAGAACAAGAGCUGAGAAAAUGGAGGGAAGAACAUGAAAAAAUAAGAAAGACUGGCGAUAAUGAAGAGAAGAUAGAAAAAAGUCACGGAAAAAGCAUUGAAGGGUCGAAGGAGAAAGAAGCUGAGACUAAUGAGUCAAACAGAACAGAAACAAAUCCAGUCCCACAGGCUAAUCCUGGAAAGAAAAAGAAGAAACUUUUCCCAAGAUUUUUAAUGUUCUUGAUGAAGAAAAAGUCACAUAAGUGA